UAUUCUCUCUCCUGCACAGAGGUCUGCUCGGAUAUUGCUAAGGGAACACUCCAGUCUGGUGGGAAUGUGCUGGACGCCGGUGUGGCAGCAGCUUUCUGUCUGUCUGUGGUUCACCCUCAUGCUGUAAGCCUGGGUGGAGUUUUUUCUUCCAUCUAUUACAAUGGGACUUCAGGCAUGUCCUCAGUGAUGAAUGCAAUACCCCAUGAAGCUUCUCAUAUGCCCUAUGGGAUUCCCUUGCUUCCUCAGGGUUUGUGGUUACUGCACCAGAAGCAUGGCCUCACGAUGUGGUCAGAGUUACUGGAUCCUGCCAUUAAACUGGCCAACACAGGCUACAUGGUGGAUUCUGUCCUGGCCUCUGCUAUUGAAACAAACCGUGAAAAAGUUCAGUCCUCAUUGGGGCUAAGCAGCCUCUACUUUUUUGCUAAUGGGACCAUGAAAAGUAGAGAAAACAAAAUACUUAACCCUCAGCUUGGCAAGGUCCUGCUUCAGAUAGCAAAUCAGAUGUCAGAUGCUCUGCUCCCUGCUGAUCUUAUUCAAAACUUUUCUAGUGACAUUGAUUCCUCCCAAAGCCCAACAUUCAACCAGAUGCUCUACAAGAAGUACCUGAAUAUAGAGAGUCCUGUGACAAUUCAUUUGCCAGGAAUGACCAUGCUUACACCACCUGCCCCCAGUGCAGGACAGAUCCUAUCUGAUUUAAUCUGGGAAAUGAAUUCUCAAAAACCUCUGGAGAACACAUCUAAAGACCAUUCCAUCAAUAGAGCUUACUCAGUUCUUUUGAAUGCCUCAAAGAUGACAUAUGCAUCUCACGGUUUCAAACCCAGUAAUUCUUCUCAUCAAGCUUCUACUUCAUGGGAUCCAGCUCCUGCGGGAGCAAAUGUUUUGAUAGCUAAUUCCCAUGGAGAUAUUUUUGUGAUGUCUAUCUCACUUAACAGCUCUUUUGGUUCAGGAUUUGUCUCUCCCUCCACAGGAAUUCUUAUGAACGACUUCAUCCAUGGACCUGAAUCUCCCUCAGCUUCCACACCCAUAUUCUGGGCAAGUCCCACUGUUGUUAUUAUUGCUGGGACAGAUAAUGAUAUUGUGGGAUUGGUGGCAAGUGGAGCAAGCUCUUUGCCUUUUGCCCUGGGUCAGGUUAUCCUUAACCACGUAUACUUGAUGAAUGACCUUACAGUGUCAGUUAGUGGACCCCUUGUGGAUCUCACAUCUGGAAGUUCUGACCCAUGGCUUGAGUACUUGGGUAUUUGGGGAAAGAAACCUGAUUCAGAAAGAAGACCAGAGGACUAUUCCUGUAGUACUGUUGCAGUUGGAGUUGAAGCAGAGCAUGUGCAUGUUGCUAAAUCCCCCGGCCUUUGCUGUUAUUACAGAGGGAUAUAGAAACUUAUGCUGUCUUUUUGUGGCAGGACACCCAGACUAAUGCAUUUGACAGGCAGCUAUACUUAACCAGUGGUGGGAAUCUCCAAAGAUUUGCACACAGGUUGUACAAGAUGGAGUGAUAUAUUAUUUCUAAGUAAAUACAUUUAUACUGACAAACACAAAAGUGCAUUAGCUUGUUUUUAUUCUUCCAUCCUGAUCAUUGUACCUUUGAGAAAUAAACUUUCUAGAUGGCUUCCUCUCCGUCUUUUGGGAAGAACAAAAUAAAGUGGGGGAGGGGGGGCAUACCUGAUGUCUUUUUGUUCCUAUUAUUGUUAAAAAAUACAGAAAAAAUAAAUUGUCACUAACAUUGCACAUAUUAAUUACAGUCUUCA